GCGUGCGCGGUAGUGCCGGUUGGCAGCGCGUCUCUGCCAAUCGCUCUGCAGCUUCUUGGGCUGUGACUCCGCCCCUUGUGCCGGCGAAGGACAAAGUGACGGAGCCGGGCCCGCGGUCAGCCUCUGCGCGCGCUGCCGCCAUCUUAGGAGGUCACCAUGUUCUCCUCCAUCGCGCCGCUCGCCCGGCUCAACCCCUUCUACGCGCCGCAUUUCCAGCCGAUCCAGGAUGGGGUGAGGAAGCGAGCGGAGCCCACCGAGGGGCCCACCACGCGGCGGAGCUUGGCGGCCGCAUCCGCCGGUGAAGAAUACAGUUGUGAAUAUGGCUCGCUCAAGUUUUAUGCUCUCUGUGGCGUUGGUGGGGUCCUAAGUUGUGGCCUGACGCACACUGCUGUUGUACCUCUGGAUUUAGUGAAAUGUCGUAUGCAGGUUGAUCCACAAAAAUACAAGAGCAUCUUCAAUGGAUUUUCAGUGACAAUCAAGGAAGAUGGUGUUCGUGGCUUGGCUAAGGGUUGGGCUCCAACCUUUUUUGGAUAUUCCAUGCAGGGGCUUUGUAAAUUUGGUUUCUAUGAAGUUUUCAAGAUCCUGUAUGGCAACAUGCUAGGAGAGGAAAAUGCAUACUUGUGGCGUACUUCACUAUAUUUAGCUGCAUCUGCCAGUGCAGAAUUUUUUGCUGACAUUGCUCUGGCUCCAAUGGAAGCUGCUAAAGUUCGAAUUCAGACACAGCCUGGAUACGCUAACACUCUGCGGGAGGCUGUACCUAAAAUGUUUGGAGAAGAAGGCAUCUGGGCUUUCUAUAAAGGUGUUGCUCCAUUAUGGAUGAGACAGAUUCCAUACACAAUGAUGAAAUUUGCCUGUUUUGAACGUACUGUUGAAGCUCUCUACAAGUAUGUCGUUCCCAAGCCACGAAAUGAAUGUACAAAAGGAGAACAACUGGUAGUCACAUUUGUGGCAGGCUAUAUUGCUGGUGUGUUCUGUGCUAUUGUGUCCCAUCCUGCUGACUCUGUAGUGUCUGUGUUGAACAAAGAAAAGGGCAGUUCUGCUUCACAGGUUCUUCAGAGGCUUGGAUUCAAAGGUGUAUGGAAGGGUCUGUUUGCCCGUAUCAUUAUGAUUGGUACCCUGACUGCGCUACAGUGGUUCAUCUAUGAUUCUGUGAAGGUCUAUUUCAGACUUCCUCGUCCGCCUCCACCAGAAAUGCCAGAAUCUCUGAAGAAGAAGCUUGGUCUAACCGAGUAGACAACUCAUGGACUGACUGUACUGGCCCUCCCAGUGAUGAGUUUCAUGAAACUUUUAUAUAUUUGACUAUGUAGAAAACAAACUGUAUAUGAUACUGUUAUUGGCUGCGCCCUCAUCCCACGUGAGGGUUUAAAUUCUACCACUGUCAUUGCCUGAAAUAAAUGAGAAAGAGAGUG